AUGCAUCCUCACCAUCAUCAGCAUAUGCAUGGAAGGAUAACGAUUUGUUGUGACGGAGCAUUUAUAUUGUUCAUAGUUACGAGUAUUAUACGAUUUGCGAAUGCACAAUACAUCCUCGAAGUGUGGGAGCGUAAAGCAGGUGGCUUUCAUACAGUGCUACAAUGCGAUGCCACAGGUGCCGAUUUUGGUGGCGAUAUAUCGGCACAGGUUCCUGGUGCUAAUGCUACUGGCUGUUCGUAUUUUACCUCACCCGAAGAUUCGUGCGAGGAUACAAUUGUAGAAGUAGCAGCAACAGCAGCAAAAAUGCAUCCUCACCAUCAUCAGCAUAUGCAUGGAAGGAUAACGAUUUGUUGUGACGGAGCAUUUAUAUUGUUCAUAGUUACGAGUAUUAUACGAUUUGCGAAUGCACAAUACAUCCUCGAAGUGUGGGAGCGUAAAGCAGGUGGCUUUCAUACAGUGCUACAGUGCGAUGCGACAGGUGCCGAUUUUGGUGGCGAUAUAUCGGCACAGGUUCCUGGUGCUAAUGCUACUGGUUGUUCGUCAACCUGGUUGCUACAAUCUACUUACUGCCCAAAACUAUGUAUUUUCAGAACAAUCGCACGGGAUGCAACAACUAUUAUGCAGUUGUACCUCGUGGUAAUUGCAGCUUUUCUGAAAAGGGCAGAAUUUUGGCUCUUACCCUGCUAUUUUCAGGCCUAUCACGCUCAGCGUGGAAAGCCAGAAGCCUUUAGUGCCCUUAUAAUCUAUAACGAUGAAGGCCAUGUGCCAGUACCAAUGGCUGGGAGUAAGUACGCUGAUCGUGUAUUGAUACCGGUCGUAAUGGUCAGCCAUGUUUGCAUGUCGAAUAUGAUGGGUCGCUUUUCGGCCGAUAAAGGGUAUGUCACGGCAUUGCGUGCUAUUCCUGGCUAUUACGACCUGGUGAAAUACCUCAUUCCAUUGGUCGCUGUGAUUGCAUUCUGUUUUGUUGUACUUUGCAUAUCACUGGUGAGUGGAAAUGUGUUAUUUCUUAGAAAUUCUUUUUUUUUCCAUUAUAAAAGUUUUCAGGUGAUGCUGAGGAAUCAUGUGCAAUUUGCAUUGAUGAAUUUGUUGAAGGCGAAAAACUACGCAUUUUACCUUGUGGCCACGGUUUAUUUUACACUGUGCGGGCACACUGAGUUUUCAGGUGAUGCUGAGGAAUCAUGUGCAAUUUGCAUUGAUGAAUUUGUUGAAGGCGAAAAACUACGCAUUUUACCUUGUGGCCACGCUUAUCACUGCAAAUGCAUUGAUCCUUGGUUAACAAAAAUGCGAAAAGUAUGCCCAAUUUGCAAGCGAAAAGUUCUAUCAUCGGGGCAAUCAGAUUCGUCGGAUUCGGAAAUUGAACGAAAUAAUCCAUCAACAGCUUCCACUUCCACGACCACAUCUCGCGAGAAUGCGCCAUUACUUCAAAAUGCCGAACCUGUAUGUUGCCUUUUACAUGUAUGUGGAGCACUUAGGCCACCUCCGUUACGUGUGGUAAUUUUGUCGCCGAACGACAUCCCGAGACUGCCACGAACAGCACGUUUGCCUGCCCCCUCAACGGUGACCCGUGAAAGUAGUGGUGCUUCUGCUGGUGUAGUACCAGCUCCGGUACAGCUAGUAUCUGAAAGUGUACGCCGAACACUACGUCCAUAUUAUCAACAUAUUGUUAAUAGAUCAUUGCAGUUUCCCUGGAGAACUAUGCCGACUAAUGAAGCGGCUGCAGCUGAAUCUUCUGGUACGGAGGAGCAGCUGCAUGAGGUACAAAUGCCAGCAGCGGCGGAUAGUGUUCACCCCGGAAGAAGUAUGGUUGCCGGAAGAUGUCGUCAUCCGGCAACUUCUGGAAAUGCAGAUGGUACAGAGCAAGACUCGCAGCAUAUAAUUCCUCCGGAUCUUCCAGCCGACGAUUUGGGCCAAUGGUCGAAUGUUUACCAUGUUGCGUUCAAAGAUGAGGACGAUUCAUUCCUUUCCUGUACAGCAUUAGAGACUGCGAAUCUGGCGAUAAUUGUGAGUGCAUCAGAAUCGGACGAUACUGUUUCAACUGUUUGCGUGACGACCACGGAUGAGGAAAAAGAAACGAUCGAUGACAAUCAGUUACAACAACCGUAA